AUGAAAGCACUGCAACAAAGGAAUCCAGGCACAUCUGUUGAGUGGGAACAUCACGCGACAAAUCAUCCAUCGAAAUUCAUAAUCAAAUACGUCUUCUGGGCCUUCAAGCCGUGUAUUGAUGGUUUCAAAUACUGUAGUCGGGUGAUCAGCGUCGAUGGAACUUAUUUGUACACUAAGUACAAACAUAAGAUGUUGCUUGUUGUGUGUUUGGAUGCGAAUCAACAAGUUUUACCACUUGCGUAUGCAAUUGUUGAUGAAGAGACCGCAAGUGCAUGGAAGUGGUUUUUCAAAUGCAUUGACAAACAUUUACUUUCGGGCAUAUCAGAUGGUAUUUGUAUAAUUUCGGAUCGAGGAACCGGUAUUUUAAGUGCCAUCGAUUCAAUGCCCGAGUUUAGGCCCCCUCGCAUCACCCAUCGAUUUUGUUUGAGGCAUGUUUGUUCAAAUGUCAACGCCAAGUUUAAGAGCAUUGUGGUGAAAGAUUUUUGUUACGCUGCUGGAAAACAAUCUCAGGUUUGGAAGCUGAACCGGUAUUUGGACAAGAUUGGGGAGGAAAAUCCCAAUGCACACAGAUACUUGAUGAACAUGGAUCGAGAAAAGUGGACUUUAGCACAUGAUGGAGGGUCUCGACGCGGUCAGUUGACGACCAACUUGUCCGAGUCCAUCAAUGGUGCUUUGAAAGGUGCUCGUAAACUGCCUGUCACAGCUAUUGUGGAUUUUACAUUUCAUCGACAACCAUGUCAGCUUCAUUCAGACUGGUGGACCAACCAUGUCAGCUUCAUUGAGACUGGUGCACAUGUUCUUCGUAUUUUUAGGAUGAUGUUGGAUCAGAUGCUCCCAGAUCAGUUUAUAUGGAUGCCAUAUGAUAUGGAUGAUCAGGAGUAUCAGGCUGUAGGUGGUGAUUCGGAUAUCAUAUGUUCAGGUAUAUGCGUAUCGAGAGUCCCCCUUAUAUGCUACGCAAUUGUGGAGAUGCAUCGACCAGACAGAGUAGUACGUCAGUUCGGGAUGGUACAACCCAUACCUGAACCUCCUGAAAAUACUGAGACAGAUUUCCGGAUGCACGUCAAUGCUUACCGUACAGGUGCUACCAACCGAGACUGGAGUCUUACACAUGUUUCGCAUGUUACCGCUUGGGAUAAUAGGCUCAAUUAUACUAUUGAUUAUCCAUAUGCCAGUGACAGUCAGACUACAGAAGAUGGUUAUUUUGAGUGGUAUGAACUGCACACACGUCGUUUCAUAUCACCGAUUACCCCAUCUGAUCGUACAGGAUUUCAGGUUGGAGGUCAGAUUUCAAUGGAUACAGUGAUUCAGCAUCUUCGAUCGUUGAUUGUUUCUGUUGAUGGCGGAGACAUGCCCCGGGAUGGCUAUCGUUCGUAUUUACCGACUCUCAGAACAUGUCUUAAUGUCUUAGAGUCUCGACACGGACCUUCAGAUAGGCCUCAAUCUGAGAUGCCUUAUACUCAGACUCACCCUCAGACUCAGACUCAGAUACCACUGUCUCAAAUGCCUCAGUCACAGACUCAGAUGUACGCUGGCGAGGCAGAAACUUCUUCUCGUGCAUAUUAUCCGGCAUUCGAUAAUUAUACAGAUCCUAGAUCGCACGGGCAUCCAUCUGAUCCGUACACCCCAUACCCCUAG